UGAGCUUGUAAUAAAACAUAAUGCAAGGAAACUACUUAAAAACCGUCCUUAAAUGUUAACAAUAUAUAUAUUUCAAGAGUGCAGUAAUUCCUAAUUUGCAAAAGGAUUUUUGCUGCAUUGCGUAAUACCCAUGUUACGAUCUACUUUAAGCAAUGUUUAAUGUGGCGUAUAUAAGAAAGUCUACAGUUCUGUUUUAUGUAGACAAAAAUAACUCCCUUUUCUGAGGGUGAGGGGCGAUCUUUCAAUGCAGGGAACUAAUAUAAACAAAGACGCUAAUAUAAUAAUAAAUAGUGAAACUGCAAUAUUUUAAUUGAUACCUACAGCCAAUACUUCAUUAUUGCCUAAAUCAUGGUGCUAUGUUUAGCAGCAGAAACAAUUAAAUCCUGUAGCUAAUCUUUUAGUUUUUGUUUAAUUGUGAGAUUUUGAUUUUCAGAUAUGUAUUGUACUUUGGCUAAUAAAACACUUGAGGCCUUGUAAUCUGCCAGACUUACAUUUUGAUUAUUUAGAAAGGAAAUUAAUAUUUUAUAGGGGUUUGGAUAUGGUUUUUCGGUUAUUAACUUAUGAAAGUCAAUGCCUUAGAUUGUAAGUCGUCUUCAUGAAUCACACUGCUCAUCAGAUUGUUAAAUUAAACUAGUGAUCCUUGGAUUGCACAUUGCUGGAAGACAAUUUAACGAUAAUCUUCACUUAUAGGAAUAUCUAUAAUAAGCCCUCUUGUACAACAAUCCAUCAAUUAAAAACUAUCAAUCAUGUUGUAUCUUGAAGAUUACUUGGAAAUGAUUGAACAUCUACCUCAGGAAUUAAGAGAUAGAUUUACAGAGAUGAGAGAGAUGGACCUGCAAGUACACAACGCUACAGACAACUUAGACGAAAGAGUGAAAGUGUUCUUCCCAAAUGCCAAAAAACUAAAGCAAAGUGAGAGGGAUGCAGAGUAUGAGAAAAUUAGGAUCGAAUAUUACAAGGCACUCGAAGAUGCUGAUGAGAAAGUACACAUAGCCAACCAAAUUUAUGAAUUAGUUGAAAGGUACAUACGAAGGCUAGACCAAGAACUGCAGAAGUUUAAAAUGGAAUUAGAAGCAGAUAAUGCAGGGAUAACUGAAAUGUUAGAAAAACGGUCUCUCGAAUUAGAUAAUCCACCACCCCCUGUUAAUUCGUUAUCUUCGAAUUAUUCGAGAGGAGAAAAGCGGAAACAUGGUCAGCAAAAUUUAUCCAUUACAUAUACAAUGGACAAACAACAAAUUGGAACUGAUAAAGUGUUCUCCUCGAUAGCUACAGAUGUCAUCAGGGACUCCAUAACUGGAAAUAGGGUAACUUUGCCGGGUCAUUCUCCGUCGUCUUCGUCCACGAGCAGUAGUAGUUCGACUAGCUCUGCUCAAGAAAGGACUAUAGUUCUACCUCCUCAAACUAAAACUACCUUUGGGGGCACCAAUGCUUUGGCAGCGGCCGCCUCUCAAGCGAUAGCUGCCACGCAACAAUCUUUAAAACGAGGCUCUGCUCAAAAUCAGUCAAAUUUAGUACAACAAGGACGUCGCACUGCGAGUUUAAAAGCCAGUUACGAAGCCGUGAAUGCGGGACAAACUCUCGGCAAAGAACUGACCUUGGGCAGUCGAGAAGCCACCCCUACUCCGAUACAAUCUUCGUCUACCAAUACAGUUCCUAUAGUUAGUGAAACAAAAACUAAAGUCAAUAAGAAAGCUCGCACAAGUCAGGUGAUACAGCCGCCUCCCGAACCAUCACCUUUGUUGGAAGAUUCGGAAGAUUCUUCUGCAAUUGAGGAAAAUGCCAUGUUUUUAGAUGGUUAUGAUCCCAAUGAGCCAAGGUAUUGUGUUUGCAAUCAAAUAUCAUAUGGAGAUAUGGUUGCCUGUGACUAUAAAGACUGUCCGUUUGAAUGGUUUCAUUAUCCCUGUGUUGGUAUUACCCAACCGCCAAAAGGCAAAUGGUUUUGCCCGCAGUGUUCAGCUUCCAUGAAACGAAGAAAUAGGAAAGAAAAAUAACAAAAAAUUAUUGUAAUUAAUGAAAAUUUACUUUGUGAUAUUUACUUAGUUUAUACAAAUUGCCUCUUUUUUUAUUUUACUUUUUUCCACCAUUUGAUUUUUAUUUUGCCUCUUUAGGAACGAUGAAUAAAUUUAUUUAAGUGACUGCUC